GUUUCAGUCCAUUGCCCUGUUCUUCUGAUUCUUUAUUGUUUUGUUAGCAUAGAGAAAGGUGGAGACAUUCUUCCUCAUUUCAUUCCCACUGCAAUUGAUCAUUCAUUUGUUCUCCACUCUGCCAGAAAAACAAGCUUUAUGUGUCCUAAUUAUGGUUAGGCAUUUUAUAAUUGUGGAAACUGUCAGAUGUUAUAAGCAGGAGAGUGUUUUUAACCCUAUGGUUGGCAGAGUAUAUGCACUGUUGAUGAGUGCGUUUGGAUAUCCUCUGUGUGGUAUAUAUUGUACUUUAAAAAUGUAAUUGUGCUAAAGUGCACAUAAAAAUAAAAGCAUCUUGACCAUUUUUAAGUGUUCAGCUCAAAAUUGUGAAGUACAUCCAACUGGCUGUGCAACCAAUCUUGCAAAACUGAAACUGUGUACUUAGUAAACAACAAUUCUCUUUUUCCCUCUGACACCCUGGCCACCACCUUCUAUUUUCCAUCUCUUGUGAAUUUGAUUACUUUGGGUACUUUGUGUAAGUGGAGUCUUAUAGGAUUUGUCUUUUUGUGACUGACUUAUUUUGGUUAGCAUAUAUUAAAGCUUUUUUCUUUCUUUCUUUUUUUUUUUUUGAAAGAGUAGGUUUUGAAGGACUUGAUUGAUUUUUAAGUAUAAAUGUUGGCAGCAUUUUUCACUUUGGUUAAAAAUGUAAUUAUUCACUGCAUCCUUGGUGUAGCCUAGUGGUUCCUAAAUCUAUAUGGGAAUCAUAAAUCAUGUUUUAAAAACCAUACAUCCUCCUGGGCUGCAUGUCAGAAUCUCCUGGAGCCCUGUGGUCUGUGUAUGUGCGUGUGUGUGUGCGUGCGUGAGUGUGUGUGUGUGUGUGUGUGUGUAAAUAAAUGUAUGUAAAGUAUAUAUAAAAUAUAUAUACAUAUAUAAAUGGUUUUUUGUACCAGGGAUUGAACCCAGGGGCACUCAAUCACUGAGCCACAUCCCCACCCUUUUUUGUAUUUUAUUUAGAGACAGGAUCUUACUGAAUGGCUUAGGGCCUUGCUAAGUUGCUGAGAUUGACUUUGAACUUGUAAUCCUCCUGUCUCACCCUCCCGAACUUCUGGGACUAUAGGUGUGCACCAUCUCACCUGGCUGUAUUUUUUUUUUAAGUCCCUGUCAGUCACAACUAGUCCACAGUUGGUCCUGACUUGCAUCUGGGAUGUCCUCAACAGGCUGGAGUUUAGAUGUAUGGAUCCAAGGCAGCCUUUAUCUUGUCAGUCCGGGCCCCCAGGGUGACUGUUCAUGGGGUUUAAGGUUUGAGGGAUUUGAAUGUCUCUGCCCUGAUGCUGAGAAGUGAGUAAGGCCCUUGUCUCCUGUGUCUCCUGAACAGUUUUAUCCAAGCUAUGCUUGUGAUACUGUCUGUCUUCUUGUACUUGUUUGCCUACAAAGAGUACCUCGCCUGCCUCGUGCUGGCCAUGGCCCUGGGCUGGGCGAACAUGCUCUACUACACACGCGGCUUCCAGUCCAUGGGCAUGUACAGCGUCAUGAUCCAGAAGGUCAUUUUGCAUGAUGUCCUGAAGUUCUUGUUUGUAUAUAUCGUGUUCUUACUUGGAUUUGGAGUAGCCCUGGCCUCGCUGAUCGAGAAAUGUUCCGAGGACAACAAGGACUGCAGCUCCUACGGGAGCUUCAGUGAUGUGGUACUAGAGCUCUUCAAGCUCACCAUAGGCCUAGGUGACCUGAAAAUCCAGCAGAACUCCACGUACCCCAUCCUCUUCCUGUUCCUGCUUAUCACCUACGUCAUCCUCACCUUCGUCCUCCUCCUCAACAUGCUCAUCGCCCUGAUGGGAGAGACAGUGGAGAAUGUCUCCAAGGAGAGUGAGAGGAUCUGGCGCCUACAGAGAGCCAGGACAAUCUUGGAGUUUGAGAAAAUGUUACCAGAAUGGCUGAGAAGCCGAUUCCGGAUGGGAGAGCUGUGUAAAGUCGCAGAGGGAGACUUCCGGCUGUGCCUGCGGAUCAAUGAGGUGAAGUGGACCGAAUGGAAAACCCAUGUCUCCUUCCUUAACGAAGAUCCGGGACCCAUCAAACGGACAGCAGAUAUCAACAAAAUCCAAGAUUCUUCCAGAAACAACAGCAAAACCACUCUCAAUGCGUUUGACGAAAUGGAUGAAUUUCCAGAAACUUCAGUGUAGAAGCAGAACCCAGAGCUGGUGUGAGCAUGGGAUGUUAGAUGCUGCAGGCUGAGUCCUGGAUUCUGUGCCAUGGGGCUGUGCAGAGUGGCGGACAAGAAGAGAAGCAGAAAGCUCUUCAGGCUGAGCGGGUGACUCUCUGAGAGGCAGCUGUCAGAGUCCAAGAGGGAAACAACUUGGAUUUUGAUGUUCAGUAGGCCCACGGUCCUGAGCCCAGGAGGCUCCUAAAGUCUGGGUGAAGUCUCUGGUUUGACCAGGUCAUCUUGGCUGGGAUGACAGGUGUUGAGGAAGGGGCAGAGGCCUGAAGGGCAGGGAGGGCAAUCUUUCCCAGACCACAGAUUCUACCAUCUCCCUUAGUACUGUGACUGGGUCACGUGAAUUUGUGGGAGACUUUAGAUCCCAUCCCAGGAUGUGCAAGGGAUUGAGUCAAAUCGGAUAUCCUGGAGGAGGAGGGGAAUGAGCUGUGGACAUGCCUUUCUAGAACCUUCAGGUAACAGGAAACCAUCCUUGGAAUGAAACCCAGGGCUCAAACCAUCUCAAACCAAGAGAUGUUUUUAGUAGUGUAAUUAACACAGUGUUUUAAUUUUAAAAUAGAAAAGACAUUUCAUUUUUGAAUGCAAAUCACUUUAGGUGAAGUAGGUGAAUUUAAAAGUUGAGAAGUAGAUCUUGAGCUUUGGGGCUGGAUAUACAUUAUAUACUUGGCCUCAGGGUGGCCAGAGCCCAACAAUAAGCUUUUCUUUAUUCACAGGAGGUCUGCAGGAGAUGUGCUGUGAUCUGGGUGAAAGGGCUUGGCUCCUUCCCCCUCGGGCCUUGCCAUAGGGCAUGCUUCUGAGCUGGGACAGAAAUAGCAGCUGUUCUAUUUAUGUGGUUUUCAAUCUCUGAGGCAACUAGUGUACAACAGUUAUUUCUCCUUGGGGAAUUUAGCAAAAUUAUUGAAAUGCUCCGGUAGUAAGUAUUUUGUUCACUGUGAAUUUUGAGGCUGAAGGGGAAGGCUCAUGAGAGGAGGAUUUGGCCAAGACUUGGGGCCUAUUUUUAGAUCCUCACCCUCAGAUUUUCUGUCCUCUGAAAUUCCACAGAGUUUUGAGGCAGAGGUGGAGACUGAAGAAAUUUUCCCAGGUGGCUAGAGCCCAACCAACCAACAAAGCACUCUCCUCUGUUAUUCAGUGAAAGGAUUCAUGUAGGAAUUUUUGAGGUAGAAUUAUAAAGAUGGUCACUAUGAAUUUUGAUUUUUAAAUGGGGCCUUCAGAUAACUUGGCAAUUGGCAAGUUAAACUUAAGGUAAACUGAGUCCAGGCUGAGCAGCCUCCUCUGGGCCAGUUUCUCCAUUCUGGGCUGCUCUGUCAGCUUAGGUAGGUAGAAAAACUGGCCUCCAUGUCUGACCUGAUGGGCCAGGUGCAGAGAGGGGUGCAGCACUGAGAACUGCAAGAUCUGCCCCAGCUCCUGCAUUCCCAGCUUCCCAGGGAGUCAACAGAUGCUCCGAGGGUAACAGUCAGACCAGGCUCAAGUGUGAACUGGGUGAAGAGGGCUAGCCAGGUGUCUCCAGAGAAGGGAAGACUUGAGGGAGACAUCAUGGAGGCAGAAGGAGCAGAUGUGUUCCAGAUGGUCAGAACUAGUCAAAAACUAGAGAAAGAUUCUGGUUUCAUUCAGUCCCUACCUGCUCCAGAUGUUAGAGAUGUUUAAGCAGAAGCUGGGUGAACACUUACUGGAGGUGUUGUUAAAGAAAGUAAUAGGAGGAAUUUUAAGAUUCCUUUCAGCCUGGAGAGUCUAGAAAUCAAUAUUCUAGAGCUGGAGUGGCCUCCUUGCAUUGAUCCUGAACAGAUGUGCUGGCCUUGAAGGGCAGUCAUUGGAUCCAUGGUGCCAUGUACUACAUUAUGGAUCUGGGAAUUCCAGAACUGAUUUGACUUAGAUUUUAAUGGGUAAAACCAUUUUCCACUUGGGCAAAAGCAAAAUAAUAAUAAUAAUGAUAAUAAUUGGGCAAAAAAAAAAAAAAAAUUGGGCAAUUUUAUACCUGGAACCUAAAGCUCUAAAAGGAACACGGAGGACAUCAUAUCAGAGUUGUUGAGGCUGGAAUGUCCUAAUUUUAUGUCACAGAUAUCUCCCUUAUCAAUGUUUUUAGCACAGUUAUUUAGUAAAUUUAAGUCUAUCUUUGUGGUUGGCACAUGUCAGAGGGCUAGGGAUUUUGCUCUGAUGACACUUUGGCAGUCAGCAUUGUCCCUAUAAUCCCCGUGACUAGUCUAAAAUUCAAGUGUGCACACAGUUGUGCACAAAAAUCACACACACAUACACACCCCACCAACCCCUGAGCCUAUCGAGAUAUCUUCAAACUCCAUGAUUUACAUUUCAGUCACUGAAGGGGAAGGCUUUUCCCAGUGAUGGAAUCUCCCAGGCUCAGGCUAUGUUUGGCUGCAAUGCUGUUUGUCUCAGGAAGAAUUCAUUAUUGUAGACAUUAUGUCAUAUGUCUGUUUAGGAUAAAUAGGGUGCUUACCUUCCUCCCUGGGAUGUGCCAGGUUGUACUGUGAAGCCAUUCAGCUCUUAAAGGCACCUGCCCAAGAGAGUGCAGUAUUAUUGACAUUCCUUUCCUUCCUCAAGGCUGGAUGAACUGUAUCCUCUGCUCUGGGUGGGGCCCAGGGGGAUGGGUUGUUAUCCAGGCCUGUAAACCAUACUUGAUGUCUGUAUCAAUUUACUUUUUUUUUUCCUGUGAACUUGGUUCCAAACACAGAAUUGUCACCCCAUUCUCACCAAUGAUGCCUGAAUCUUGUAAGUUGUAAUUUAUAGUCAUAUUUUUAAUGUUGUGUGCAUUUGUGUGAAGCUAUUUUCAAGAAAGAAGUCAUAAAAAGAGUGAAAAUAUUUUAGUUCCAUUGAAGAAAUGCCUUUUUGAUUUCUAAUAAAUAUUUAUUUUGCCUUG